AUGGAUUCAUCUUCUAAAGGCCUCGAAGAGGCCAGGGCCGAGUCGCCUCCGGUAUAUGAUGAUGCGAAGUCGUUGCCGGGUGAGAUUACUGGCCUGCCAAAUACAGAGACUCAGCGAGGAUUGCGCUCUCGCCAUGUGCAAUUCCUGGCGCUGGGUGGCUGUAUUGGUACUGGGCUGUUUGUGGGAAGUGGACAGACGCUGUCCACUGUUGGUCCUGCUCCUUUAUUCAUGGGUUACAUUGCCAUGUCAAGCGUGGUAUAUUUUGUGAUGAACAUGCUGGGUGAAAUGACCACUUACUUGCCAGUGCGCGGUGUCUCCGUCCCGCACUUUAUCAGUCGGUUCACCGAGCCGAGUCUGGGAUUUGCAGUUGGAUAUAAUUACUGGUAUUCAUAUGCGAUGUUGCUGGCGUCCGAGGUUACAGCAGCCGCGCUUGUGAUUGACUACUGGCCAUCGUCAGUCAAUGUGGGAGUAUGGAUUGCGAUUGUUCUGAUCGUGAUCUUGGUUCUCAAUAUCGUCGCCGUGUCCUGGUACGGAGAGGCUGAGUUUUGGUUCGCAUCACUGAAAAUCAUCGCCAUCAUCGGUCUCAUCAUUCUCGGUGUUGUACUUUUCUUUGGCGGAGGGCCGAAUCAUGACCGACUUGGGUUUCGGUAUUGGCAACGCCCAGGUGCAUUUAAGGAGCCAUACCUGGUGCCCUCGAACGUCAACACGGGUCGGUUCCUGGCCUUCUGGACGGCCCUGAUCAAAUCCGGUUACUCGUUCAUCUUUUCUCCCGAAUUAAUCACCACUGCCGCCGGAGAGGCUGUUGAGCCACGCCGCAACAUCCCCAAGGCCACCAAUCGAUUCAUCUACCGUCUUUUCACGUUUUAUAUUCUGGGCAGCUUGGUCAUUGGUGUAACUGUGGCCUACAACGACAAAAGCCUUCUACAGGGGGUUGCCAGUGGCUCAGAUGGUGCCGGCGCCAGUCCUUUUGUGAUCGGUAUCCAAAACGCCGGCAUUGUGGGUUUGAACCAUGUCAUCAAUGCCGCCAUUCUGAUUUCUGCUUUCUCUGCGGGCAACUCCUGGGUGUACGCCGGAUCUCGAGUGUUGUAUUCGCUCGCGUGUGAAGGCCAGGCCCCGAAACUAUUCACUCGUUGCACUAAGCAAGGCGUGCCUUAUCCGGCUGUGCUAGUCACUUGGAUGAUUGGCCUGCUUGCAUUUUUGAACCUGUCGAACUCGGGUUCGGCGGUCUUUUACUGGUUCACCAAUAUCACUACAGUUGGAGGUUUUAUCUCCUGGGUUCUGGUCGGGGUGGCAUAUUUGCGUUUCCGCAAUGCUCUACAGUUCCACGGACUGCUCGAGUCGCUGCCCUUCCGGACCCCUUUCCAGCCGUGGGGUGCCUAUUACGCCAUUCUCGUUAUCGGGCUCUUGGCCAUUACCAAUGGCUACGCGGUUUUCUUCCCGGGCGCAUUCACAGCCUCGGAUUUCUUGGUUUCCUACAUUCUUUUCCCCAUCUUUUUUGCUUUGUACCUGGGGCAUAAGCUUUGGUUCCGGACCCCGUGGAUGAUUAAGGCGUCAGAGAUUGACAUCUUUACCGGCAAGGAGGAGAUUGACCGGAUGUGUGAGAACGAGGUCGAACGACUGCCCCGGAACUGGCUGGAACGGGUGUGGUGGUGGAUUGCAUAG